AUGAUCCCCCUUAUUUCAUCUAUAACAAAUAAUUAAAAUUUUGAGGAUGAAAAUGAACACAAGUAAGAUGUUUACAUUUGAUUUUUUAGAUCAUUGCACGUACCUUUAUUUCCAAAUAAAAAGAAACCAUUAAAUGAUACUUAAUUAAAAUUAUCAAUUAAAUCUUCAUCAUUAACAUAUCUUCGAUUUCAAUUCAAAACAAUCUUAGAAUCAAAUAAAAGAAAAAGAGAAUUAGAGAUUCUAAUACUCAAGGACUUAAUGAAAGUUAAAACAUAAACUUAAUAUUAUGGGAUCUCUUAAAUUUGGAUUUAAUAAUACAAUCACUAUUUAUAUAACAAUGGUUAAAAACCAGAUAAUUUAAAUAAUACCAACAGCCUUAACUAUGCAGUAGUCAACCAUGCUGUCUGGCAAUUUUUGAAGGAAGAAUAUAAUGGGUUCCCUGAAAUAAUUUGUGAACCAAAUUACUCUAGAAAUAAUAAAAAAAAGCAAAAUCUAAAGAAUCUGUCAAAAGGCAUCAAUCCCAAAAUAUUAAGCUAUCCAACUAUGAAGUUCCAUCAGUAGGAUUCAAAAAUGAUUCAUAUAAUUGCUACAUGCAUGCAGGUUUGCAAAGCCUAUUAAGUAUUGUUGAUUUUAAUUAUUUUUUUAUUAAGUAUGUUCUUAGAAUUAUCACACAAAAAAAUAAUAAUAAUUUAAACAGCAUUCAAAAGAAUAAAUUUAUUAGCUCAUAUUAUGAACUCAUUUAAUAGAUAAAAUCUACUAAUUCUCCUUUUAAACUUAAUUCACUUUAAUCUCUGAUAAAUAAUUAAUUUCAUUCAAAAUUUUAACAUGAUUGCCAUGAAUUCUUACUUUAUCUUUUGGGAUAAAUUGAGGAUGAAAUAUUUAAAUUUUACGAAAAUACUGAAUCUAAUUUCAUUAAUCCUAUUCAAUAAAUAUUUAAAGGUAGAAUAUAAUAUUUUUUAUAGGAAAUUUGAAGUCAACCAUCAAAAGUUCAGUUUGUUAACAUAAAAUAAAUUAAAUUGAACCUUUUCUUAUAUUAUCUUUAGCAAUAUCACACUUAGAUUCGCUAGAAUCAUCUUUAAAUGAUUUUUUUAAAGAAGAAUUUCUAAGAGAUUACUUUUGCCCUAGAUGCAAAGCUAACUGCAUAAAAAAAUUGGAAAUCCUUUUCACUCCUUAAAUACUUAUGUUGCAUUGAAAAAGAUUUUAAUUUACUCCAACAUGCGUAACAAAUAUUAAAACCAUCACUUAUCCUAUGGAUGACAUGCAUUUUUUAAAUAAAACAUAUCGAUUAAAAGCUUUUGGUGUCCAUAUAGGAACAUUAUAACAAGGCCAUUAUUUUUCAUUUGGCAAACGCUAACACUAAUGGUUUUUAUUUAAUGAUGAAAUUUUGAGAUCGUCUUCAAAAUCCUAAGUCCUUGAAUAAAAUGCCUAUAUUUUAUUUUAUUAAAUUAAUGAUAUUGUUUGA